UUCUGAACUACCAUAUGGCGUCGGUUACUAUGAAGGAACCGACGCCAUAGGGUCGUUCAGAGUAUAUUAUGUUCGACCUUUCUUCUUCCUCCCCACUUCACUCAGCAACCCAGAAACUAAAAAACCAGAGAGCUAUUUCUCAGCCAAAACCCUCGCCUCCACCACCUUGUCCCACCCUUAUCUCCCCCAUUUCUUAACCUUUUUAGCCCAUUUUUUUUUUAAAAAUCCUCCAUUUUCGAUACUUAAUAACAUACACCUAAAAAGUUUUGAUUUUUUAGCCUCUUUAAGUGUCAUCCGAACCCAAAUAGUAAACUUUGGGUUUGAAAUCCGGCCACCCAUUUUUCUUGACAAAUUGUUCAAUCUCAACCUCGUUUAAGGUAUAAAUAUUGCUUCUAUUCUGUUUAUAUUAUGUAUAUUGUUUUAUUUUUUGUUUUUGUAAAUUAUUAUUUGAUUUUUUUUUUAUUUUAUUAGUAAUAUUAUUGUGUUUUAUGUGUAUAGUGUCGGGAUUUUUUACGGUGGUCGUCGGAUUGCGGUUAUUAGGUAAUAAUUUAUACCUCAAUGUAUAGUAUAUAUAUGUAUUUGUAUAUUUUAUUGAAUAUUUGUAUAUAAUGUGUGUAUAUAUUGUGUGUAUAUAGUGUGUGUAUAUUUUUUUAUGGAAAUAAAUUUUGUAAUUGUAUUUUAUAUAUUUUUUGUAAUAUAUAUUUAUUGUGAAUAAAAUGACAUUGGAGGGAUUUCAUUAGUUUAGAAAUAAAAAUUUUAAAAUUGAAUUAGUGUGUGAUAUAAUUUUAUUUUUUUGAGAUAAUAGUGUGAGAUAUAAUUGAUUAUAUAUAUGUAUGUAUAAUUUAGUAACUAAGUAACUUGUUACAAUUUUUUAUAACUAGUUAUAAGUUAUGAAAUAAUUAAUUUUGUAAUUUCGUUGAAUUUCUUUAUAUUAUAGGGGUUCGGCAUAAUUUUGUGUGUAGCGUAUUUGGGCUUGCAAUUAUAGACAUGGCGAACUCGGAAUCAGGAUCUGAUUCGGGAGCAGAAAAUGAGUGUCCAACCACAAUACCUACACGAGGGCCGACGCAAAUGAAUGAAAUAUCCAAACUAAUGGAUCAGGGCAAAAGAGUGGCCCUCGAAGUUAAUGAUAAAGGUCAAUACUGUGGAAAAAGCUAUGCGAAGCUCGUAUCCACUCUAGGAGUCAGAUGUCGGCAGACAAUAGGGUUGGCCUAUAAAAACUGGAAAGAAGUCAACCCGACUCUGAAAAAUAAAGUUUGGAAAGACAUUCAGACGGGGUUCAUUGUGCCGGACACCUUCAAACAUGAUUGUCUCAUCCUAGCUGGGAAGUUAAUGAAAGACUUCAAGAAUAGGAUGACAAAAGACAUCAUAAUGCCCGCGUUGAAAGAGAAUGAUACGGGACGGCGGCACAAGUCACGAAAAGCACCCGAGAUCGGCGGCUGA